CUGGAGUUUCUGGAUCCGCCUCCUGGGUUUAUAAUGAGGGGCGGCAGGUGAACGAGACACACAGCUGCAGCUCCACCAACUCAACAGGAUGGUGUUCACUAUAAACGACAUGAGCUUUAAGGCCGGGAUGGAGAUGAAGGUCACUGGAAAGACUAAACCAUGCUGUGAAGCGUUCUCCAUCAACAUCGGUCACGACGCCGACACAGUCGCCCUUCACUUCAACCCUCGCUUUAACUCGAUGGGUGACAGUAACGUCAUCGUGUGCAACUCCAACCAGGGCGGCUGGGGCGCCGAACAGCGCGAACCCUGCUUCCCCUUUCAACAGGGCGGAGAGUUCAAGCUGACCAUCACCUUCAACAACGACACCUUCUACAUCAAGCUCCCGGAGGGCACCAUGAUGAGCUUCCCGAACCGCUUCGGCGACGACGUCUUCAAACACGUGCACGUGACGGGAGACGUGAAGAUCAGCAGCAUUAAGGUCAACUGAGCAGGCUGUGGUUCCUCGUGUGUCAGACCUCACUCCACUGAAUGUACCAAAGAAAACCAAAGAGUGUCAAAUAAAUCCACUGACAGAAUGUGA